AUGGCAGCUUGGGUGUCACGUCCCCUGAAUAACCUCAGAGGUAAGACAGCCCGCUCGCUUCCUCCGCAAAAGAAGCCCAACACGAACGUCAUCAAAUUCGUCUCCCUACUCCAGAAUGAUAUACCCGACCAGCAGUUGAUCUAUUACCAACCUGGAAUCGGGACCUACACCAACCCCGGGAUCUUCACUCCCCUGACUAUGAAGAUAGCCAAUAUCCUCGAUGAGGCAGUGGCUUGGUACAUUGGUGCUCAUAUAACUGGCGGUUACAGAUGGCUGAUGGACCGAUACCAAGUGGGCGACCGGAUCUGCAUAUUCGGCUUCAGCAGAGGAGCUUAUACUGCUCGUGCGCUGGCCGGUAUGAUUAAUAAGGUUGGGCUUUUACCACCUGGCAACCACGAACAGGUUACCAUAGCGUAUGAUAUAUACCGAACGGAUACCGAAGACGGGUAUACCCUAGGUGAUGGCUUUAGGGAUACUUUUUCGCGAGUUGUCCCAAUAGAAUUUGUCGGUGUUUGGGACUCGGUCUCCAGCGUUGGAAUAGUUCGCUCCCAUACGCUCCCAUACGCGGCGAGCAACAACAUCAUUGCAACGUUUCGACACGCUAUGGCCUUGGAUGAGCGCCGGGGAUGGUUUGUAGUCGACCCUUGGCAUAUACGUCCUAUGCAUCACUCUGGGUUUUUCGGCGGCCUGUUAAGGCGACGGAAACAUCCCAACGACCAAAGCUGGCUUGCUCGUUGCGUCGAAUGGCUUACCUUUGGAGGGUGCAAGCAGUCAUCUGAAAUCGAGCGCCAGGGGCGCGUGCCUGGUGAGACAGCCAAGAAACUGUUCACGAGUUCCCCCAAUCUGCGAUCUCCAACGGACGUAAAAGAAGUUUGGUUUGCAGGGUGUCAUAGUGAUGUUGGAGGCGGUAACGUUUUGGACUCACACAUUCAUGGCCUAUCGAACAUCACUUUACGUUGGAUGGUUCGUGAAUGCGUCAUGGCAAAUGCCAAAAUCGUUUGGAAUGAGCCCCGUCUACGUCAGCUCCGAAUUGACAUUUCUCCCGAGAGACUAGGAGUUUCGCAGAUGAUUAACACAAACGCACCCAUUCUAAGCCAGCUACCAACAGCGCCGUCCUAUGAAGAAAUAUUUGCUCCUCAGCUGGCGCAAUUCGAGGAUAGAGACGAAGCUAUGGAUGCGAGGUCUCAACUUCAUGAUUCGUUGGUGUUCAAGACAGCGUGGACGACAUGGCUGACCUGCCUGCUGUGGUGGAUACUGGAGUUCCUCCCAAUGAAGCAGUGGUCACAGGACACCGAAGGAAAGUGGCGAGGGAGCCAUCGUGUCAACGUUGGGCGACCACGUACCGCUGCAUCAUGUAUGGGAAAGUCACCGUUAUUCCAUAUUUCAGUUUUGGCAAAGGAACAAAGCCGAGUUGAAGGGGAACUUGUGUAUAAGCCUCGGGUGAUUUUGAAAGAUGGAAAGGCCCCGGUGUACGUCGAUUGA